CAGACAUUCGUAACAACAUGCAGGUCCAGCAGAUGAAGAAGUGGGUCCAGUCAUGCAUAGACCAUCACAAGGACAAGCUAUCCAGUCUGAAUCGAGACAUUUGGGCUCAUUCCGAAAUCGGCGGUCAAGAAACCUACGCCGUGGAGCGCUUCCUGCGCUUUUUCCGCUCGGACCCGGCUUGGAGCGUACAAAGUCCUUACAUGAUUCCCACGGCCUUCCGGGCCAGCUGGGGUCCGGUGGGAGGCAACGAGGAAGACCCGGUUCUGAAUUUGGCCUUUCUGUGCGAGUACAACGCCCUGCCUGAUAUUGGCCACGCUUGCGGACACAACCUGAUCGCUGAGGUGGGAGCUGCUGCCGCAUGGGGUCUGAAAGCCGCUCUGGAGAGGCAGACAGAACUUCCGCCCCGAGUGAAGGUGACCAUCCUGGGAACUCCAUCAGAGGAGGACCAUGGAGGAAAGAUCCAGCUGCUCGACGCGGGAGCCUUUGCAGACAUCCACCUGGUCUUCAUGGCCCAUCCUGCAGUGGAGGACGUGGCGUUCUCCUCUAGUCUGACAGUCACCCAGAUGCUGGUAAAGUACCGCGGGAAAGCUAGUCACGCGUCCGCCUUUCCAUGGAUGGGCGUGAAUGCCUUGGACGCCGCCGUGCAGGCUUACAGCAACCUCACUAUGCUGAGGCCUCAGCUCAAGCCCGGUAGCACCUUCCAAGGUAUCAUCAAACACGGAGGGGUGAAGGCCAACAUCACCCCUGACUACUCAGAGCUACAAUACUGUCUACUUGCUCCCACGCUUAAGGAGGUUGUUGAGCUGAAGGCCAAAGUGGAGACUUGCCUCCGGGCUGCUGCCAUGGCGACCAGCUGUGAACUGGAGAUAAGUUACCCAGGCUACACCUACUUGAACAUCGUGCCCAACGCCACACUGGCAAAGCUUUAUGAAGAUAACGGAACAGCCUUAGGGAUCCAGUUCACCAAAAUUCCCACCAAAUUCACUGCUUCCACAGACUUUGGCAACGUGUCAUACGUGAUCCCUGGUAUCCAUCCCAUUUUCUCCAUCGCCACAGACGCUUUUAACCACACUGAGGCUUUUGCCGAAGCAGCAGGCUCUGAAGACACCCAGAUGUACACCCUGAGGGUUGCCAAAGCUCUGGCGAUGACAGCUGUGGAUGUUCUCUGCAGCCCACGUUUGCUGAGGCAAGUGAGAGACGACUUUGCUCAGGCAGUCAUCAGUAACAUGAUUAAGUAAUAUUACUUUUGCAUCAAAUGACUUGUAUGCUGUAGUUUGUAGUUGACUAUGCCAGGGGAUUCGUUGACUUGGUUUGCAAAAGAUAAUUUCUCUUAAAUAAUGUAGCUUUGGUCAUUACGGAUGGCAGCCACGUAUCUGUGAGCAGCAGAAUAAUUAAGUGCUCUUCCACUAGAUGGUGGAAGGUUUAUAAUUAGCGUGUGUAUCAAAGUGCUUU